AUGGGUAAUAAAGUGUUUGCACAACCGUUGGCUCCGCUAACACGCUUGGCUGGACCCGUUGUAAAACCCGUACUCAGGCCCAUCUUUAGGGCCGUCUUGAAAUCACCCCAAUCCAGAGUCUUAUUCAAGACCUAUCUCAAAUACUUCAACGCCCGAGUGGUAUCACUGUCCCUACGUGCAUUCAUCUUUGCCUACAUCUACAUUGUAUUGCCCAAGAUCAUCAGUACAAUCUUCCGGCUUAGUAGAAGCAAGAAGUAUCAUGAGAUCAUCCCACGGAUCUGGAAACUGAUCAGAGCAGCUUUCAGAGGUGAAAAGUUCCCUGCGUUGGCGGGCCAAUUGCUGCUUCGUAUCAAUAUCAUGGAGCCCAUAUUUUUCUACUUCUUGAAACGCUCUGGGUUAUUGUCUACACGGGCAAACUUGGCUGUCAGCACGUUUUUGGCCAGCUUCAUUGCUUCCCUCACCACUUUCCCCAGAUUUCAGAAACAUGUGGUGUCUUAUGGCCGCCACAAUUCUUUAGAUUUGACGUUGUUGAUAGCGACCCGUGCGGUAGACACAACGUUGUCGUCGGCAUUGCUGGGACUCGGAGGUGGCUCUUACGCGUCUCUUGGAGAUGGUGCCCUUUUUAUAGCCUCCUCCACACUAAUCAUGUACUCAUGGUUCUUUCACCCCGAGAGAUUACCGCCAGCUUACCGAAACUGGAUCACCCAGGCAGCCAAUAUGGACGACGACAUCGUUUCCUUGCUCAAGCAGAUCAAAGAGAAGAAGGUCAAGUAUGGAGAGCCUGGGCCAGGCGAUGAGAUGAUGGAACGCUAUUGUGCGAGAUAUGGAAGAGACCCUAGAGAAGGCUCAUUGGUAACCAAUGUUCCUUUGUCUUGCGAGGCUGUGCACGCAUUUAAGACCAAGAAUUGCGAGCUUCAUGCGUUGUGGAGAUUUGUACGUGGCUUCCAGUUUGCUUUUAAGCUAUACGGAGGUAUCAACUUGUUCAUGUUGAUGUUUCCUCGAAGAAAUACUACCUUUGUUUCUCGUCUUUUGCGCUCGUUGAAGUCGUCCAUCCGUUCUUCAUGUUUCCUUGGUUCAUUCAUCUUUUUAAAUUGGUACGGUGUCUGUUUGGCCAGAACGAGAUUGCUCCCGAAGCUCUUCCCGAAUGUUCCUCCUGAACGUUGGGAUGAUACCAUUUGUGUUGCAUCCGGCUGUUUCUUAAGUGGAUUCAGUUGUUUCGUUGAUACCCCACAGCGGAGAAAAGAGUUGGCCCUUUUCGUUGCUCCUAGAGGCGUGGGAACGCUAGUUUCCGCUGAGCCAACCCCACGCAAUUUGAGAAUUGAGAGCGUUGUGUUUGCCAUCAGCAUGGCUAUUUUAGUUGCAUACUCGAGACGAGAUGCACGCAAAGUGAGAGGAAUCUUUGGAAAAGGUUUGGACCAGGUAUUCAGUAUUUCGUCCUAUGUGUGA